UUGCCUUCAAGAGGAGAAGAAAGCGAUGCAGUCUGAAUCCUAAUUAGGACAGAAACAUAAAAGUUCACCUAAUAUUUAAGGAACAUCUGUGACACAGAUGUGGUGAAAAUUUCUGUUGUAUGUGUAUACAUGUAUAGGUAUAACUUAGGGAAAAUGAACUUGCAGUCAAGCUUAACGAGAAAUGGGCCGAAUUAGGAAUAAUGUAUGUGUCUCGACAUUUAAGACCUUACACAGGGAACUCAUGCUGAAAACGAUUUCCAUUCAGUUUCUGGUGAAUUCAUCCAGUGGAUGAUUGCUCAAGAAUAAGGUAUUGGAUGGGUCUUAUGUCUGGCCCUGAUUGAGAAAAGCUGGAAAAAGGAGGGAUUUCUGAAUUAUCUGAUACAAGGAUUGCUAGCCUUGAUAAACCAACGAGAACAAUUGUGCUUACCUACGAGUUGUGAUAUCAUACUGGUUUUGUGUAAGGAAUUAGCAUACAGAGAACUGGAUAAAGGUGCAAUCAAGCACAGAUAUUUAUAAAACACACAACCCAUCCAUCACAAAUCUUCCCUUUUAUGAAUUAUUGUGUGGUUUGUGUGUGAAGAGAGACUUAAACCUUUAUCCAUGUUGUUUUAAAAAAAAAGAAAAGAGAAACGAACAAAAUUUACGUGUCCAACACGUUGCACCAGUGAUUGGCUUUGAGGAAUCCAGGAUUUUUAAUUCAGAGCAUCAGAGACAAACAUUUAGGAUUUUGUUUUUCCUUUACUUAUCCUAACCAGUAAGAGGAUUGUGUAAAAGAGAAGUGUUUUCUUAAUGACUUUUCCACUUGAAAAACUCAAUUAAUGAUUUUAAAUACAGAGGGAUUACUAGGAAUUGGAUAGGGACAGUUUGAAUGACCUGAGAAUUGGGGACCAGGUAAGACCAAGCUAAAGGAGAACUUAUCAGGUGACAAGUCAGACAGCUUUAACAAACAGAGAUCUUCAUUUUCAAAAUUAUCGGUGACCAAGAGACCGCUUCAAUCUUUGGAUUUUACGACUCGAAAUUGGAGAUCUUUGACACAGGGUACAAGAAAAUGGACUCAACAUAAGGGAUUGGGACAGAUAAACGGAAUUUAAAAGUCCAGAGGUUCACGGGAUUGUGUUUGCGGAAUUUCUUCCCGAGUGCAUUGAAAAAACAUUUGCUGUGACUAGAUGACCAAAUCACGCAUGUAGCCCAUUAUAGGAGCAGCAUUUUAAGGGCUUGGUCAAUUGUGUGAAAGAAGUCAUUAACUAGAGGAGAUAUUUAUGUACAUUUUUAAGCCACUAUCUUCAAGAGGCUUCAUCAACAACCCAUAAAGUGAGACUGGUAUUAUUGUCACUUUUGUUACGGGGAACAAGGCCAUCGGACAGUUGUCUAUUUAGCAUAAAUGAACAUUUACUUUUCAGAAAGGACCCCAUUCAGGUUUCAGAGAACUUGUUCAUGUUUGGUGAAUUUGUGUGUAAGUUUGUGGUAUUUUGAAAAACUGUUGGGGUUGUAUCCGGCUUUUUUCGUGAAAGGCAGUUUAUGAAUAGACCAGUUGCUGUGAUUCUUGCUUUGCAUUACUGAAUUGGAUGAAAAGGUAUUUUAUCUAUCACACAUCUCUCAGGGCAGAUAUAAUAUUGACUGCACACCAGGCUCUUAUAAUUUGCAUAAAAACGUAAAGUAUGUAUUGUGUAACGUAACACUGGGUAUAUACAUCUUACUUUGUGUAGGAACUUAAAGUGUUUGCUGAAGCGCAAGAGAAACUUAUAUAUCCUCAGCUCGGGAUGUUUAAAAGACUCAGCCAUUGUCAAAUAGAAUCUGGGAGGAAUUGAUGGUGGAAUUUUCUUAACAUGCAUACACCAGGAAAUCUCAGCUAACCUAGUGUUUUUAUUAUCUUGGGUCAUCAUCACUGGUCUAAAAGGCCGAACAUAAAAGCCACCAGUCCAAAAUAGGAGUGAAAAGACAAAUAAUUUGUCUUUGACCUUAAGUAAGUGAUAAAACAUAGAUACUAAAGGAUUGAUAUCAGAUUUGUGUUUUCUUUUGUUGAGUUGGUAUGAUAGAAGAAGAUCAAGUCCAGCCAUUGUUCAGGGAGAGAGACUUAUCCCAGGUUUUGAUAUCAAAGAAAAUAGUAGUUUAAAUCUACACACACAGUACAAGUUUUUUAAGUAGCCAGCUUGACCACCUGAUGGUCAGUGAGAGAGAGAGAAGAAAAGCCUGGCCAGCCCUAGGCAGUUGUGAAAAGGAACAAUAAGAAUUGUUUUGUGGACAAAUAAGUCUUACCAAGGGAGUAAUUAGCCUGGCCUGACAAAGUGUGAACUGUCUUCAGGAAUUCCAGUCUCUGUGCAUACCUGGCUUUUAUAUACAGUGAAGUUAGAGAGGGUGCUGUAUGCUUGUCUUGUUUGUUUAUAAACUUGACUUGGAGAGAUAAUAAGGGACUAGUACAGUUCCUGUACAGUAUAUUUUGUGUGUGGUAUAUAUAUACAUGUAAAAUCUUUGUCAAGGUGUGUUUAUUUUGUGAGGAUUAUUGCACUAAGGUUUUUGUUUGUGGAAUUUUUGACAGCAGUGGAUCAUAAUACCAUGGGAUUCUCAGUGGAUUUGACAUGAUUUUUACUGGUGUGACAACAGAGUUUAUAAUGAUAUUUCAUGUAUAUAUUCAUGUAUGUGGACCAUGGAGUCACUAGGGGCCUGUGAAGCCCCUGAUUUACCCACUCAGCUGAGGACUAGAAACCAUGGCUGGUGAUAUGAAGAAGUUUGUAUCCACAGGGACUCUCCACCCCACAGACCUGGAGAGCCCCACCCUCUCACUGCGAAGUGAGCCCCCCAAUAAGUCAGACUUGUAUCUAAGUUUUGACAGUGAUUCAACCUCUAUAUCCUCGUCGACUGAUUUCUUGGAUAGUAUACAGAGGAUUUUCACUCUGGACACACAGAGUUUGAAUGACCUGUCCCCAUGUUCAGACUCUCCCCGCAGGCUGAAUUUCGGGAAAAAGAGAAUGGCUCCCCAGCCCCCGGUAAGAAAGAGACAGACUUCAGAGCCCGGGGAUGGGGAGGAUGACGAAGUGGCCAGGUGCUUGACCAAAUCAAGGUCCGAAGAAAGACUGGACACAAUCUUAUUGAAUAAGAAUUUAAAAUCUAAGGCGUCUGAAUGUCCAGCUGUUGUCCCUGCCCAGCGGCCAAAUUCAGUUGGACCAAGGUUUAGUUCCAAGAAGAUCAAACUCAAAGCUGCCUUCCGCAUAGCAGCUUUGCAUUCUCCAAAUUCCAAGAGAAAGCCCUCAACAAAGAAGUCUAAAAAUCAGAGUGACCACUCAGAUGCUAAGUCCAGCCGGACUAAAAAGAGCAAUCCUGUGGAGCCGCCUGACCUCGAUCUGUAUAUGUAUGGAUUUGGUUACAUUCCCCAGGACCUAGUGGGUCAGGAUGCAGAAUUCGAGGUUCAGAGAAUCCCGGAUUAUGAGAAAUACCUGAGUGACCUCCUAGAAGAUACGGAUCCUCAACAUCCUGACUAUGAGGAUCUCAGCAAGGCGGCCAACAGGGCCAAAACAAUGGUAAGGGAACAUGAGGAUGAACUGGGAACUAACAACGACCAAAUUAAAAUGGAUCGAAUUCAACAGCGUUUCCCUAACGAUGACCUUCAACUCAGGGACAAUACACCACCUACUUCCCGCAGCCUGUCAGCAAGAAGAAAGUCAGCUCCUGGUGCAGUUCUGUUCAAAUCACUGGGAAAGAACCGAAGUUCCUCAAACCUAUGGUCAAAUAGUUCCAUGGGUAAGAAGGAAAUGGACCUGGUGAAUCCACUGAGACAUGGAGGAAAUUCUCAAAGACAGUUUAUUUUGGAGGGCCAUGUGGAAUUUGCACAGGGCAUGCAGACACAAGACAGAUAUUUGUUUCUCUUCAACGAUUUGUUAUUGGUGGCCAAACAAAAAUCCAGCACAACGUUCAAACUGAAGCACAGGAUAAGAGUUUGUGAGAUGUGGUUAGCGACGUGUAUCUAUGAUGUUUCAGAGGCAACCUUACCGCCAGAUAAAUCCUUUGUCCUUGGUUGGCCGGUCACUAAUGUGGUGGCGACCUUCAAAUCUGUGGAGCUCAAGGAACUCUGGCUCAACAAACUCAAUGAGACUAUUGAAUUGGAGAAAAUGAAAGAAGCCAACAAAAAAGUUAAAGUGAAAGUACACAGUAGAGACCUUGAUCAGACAUGCACACUCCAAAUAGACAAUCAUACCACAGCCAAGGAUCUAUUGACGCAAUGUGUCAGCAAAUUCCACAUCACUGAAUCAGAAGCCAGCGAAUGCCAGCUAUGGGUGAAAACAGGAAAAGAAGAGAGCCCCUACCCCCUUAUUGGACAUGAAUUGCCACACAGUAUAAAGUUCAGCCAGUUACGAGAUCUAGCGAAAACUGACGACCCCAUGGUGUCAUUGGAUGGAAUGGACCCCGAGGGGGAGGGGAAAACUCCCGAAUUCAUCCUCCAAAACAGGCUAAAGGGAUCCAAAAAACAUCUCAGCUUUGAUGAGAGCAAUAAGGGGAAUAAGUCCAAGACUAAAAAGUCUCCUUUCAACUUCUUCAAGAGAGGGAAGGAUGACAAGAAUAACAACACGACUCCACCCGGCAAACUGUUUGGACAUCCGCUGCAGGAUGUCAUGCAAGAUGGGCAACUGCCAAAAGCUGUUAUGGAAUUGAUGAGGCUGGUGAUAAUAAAUGGCCCAUACACCAAAGGGGUGUUCAGGAAGUCCUGCAAUAUCAAGCUGGCCAAAGAACUUCAUCAGAAACUGGACGAGGGCCAAGAAUGUCUUGAUGAGGAGACACCAACUCUGGUCAUUGGACACCUACUCAAAGAAUACCUCAGGAGUUUACCACAUUGUCUUCUAUAUGAGGAGUUCUUUGAGGAAUGGAUUAGUCUUACUGAAGAGGAAAACUCCCCCCAGAAGCUGGAAAAAGUCAGAAGUCUUCUGAACAAGCUUCCUGAAGGUCACCGAGAGCUCCUGAAGCACUUACUGUGUGUCCUGUACCACAUCGAUAAGAACCACAAGGAGAACAUGAUGACCUCCUACAACCUCUCCGUGUGUAUCGCUCCCAGCAUCCUCUGGGCCAAACAAGGGGAUGACCCCAUGAGGGCCCUGGCCAUGGCUAAAUCCCCUCAGCAGAUUGUGGAGUACCUCAUCGUCAACUGUGUUGAACUUUUCGGAGAGGACGUGAUUUAUCUUUUUGGGGACUUACUGGAGCACAAGAUUAGGCAGGACUCCAGCACAGACUCUGAUAGCAUGCACAGCGUGCUCAGCAUGGCCGACUCAGCCAGUGGUAUCAUGCGGCAUGACGACUCAUCUGUUGAUAGUUUGGAGAGGAUGUAUUUUGACGAUUCCAGUCCGAACCUCGCAAAGAGUCACAUUUCUCCUUCUAGUCUUAGUCGCGAUUCAGGACUGUACAGUUCACAGGAAAAUCUGGACAAUGCGGCUAAAAGUCGUGUGAACACCACCCUUGUCAAAUCAAGGAGUGGCUGUCACCUGUACUUUGAGGAUGAACAUGUGACUUAUCCUGCUGAGAUAACUGGUCCUAUGACGAGAUUAUCUCGAGAACGCGAGAACAGACUUCAGAGACAAAAAUCUGUGGCUGAAAGCACCCCACCCACCUCACCCCAGUCAAAAUUCUCCUACAGUUCAUUAGACAGUUCUCUGACGGACUCCAUGAGUUCAUAUCUGAACAGACAAUACAGUAAAGACACAGACAAUAGUGAUCAGUGGUUCACAGCAGACGAGAGCUUCCGGGAGUCAUUCGAAUCCGCUCGCAGUUUUAAAGACGAUUCUUCAAUCAAUUUCCAAAGAUCAAACAGUCUGACCAUGAACAUGCCAAAAUCUAUACAGAAUGUUCAGUACUUAGUGUCACCACCGGUUUCACCCCGGAGCAAGAGAAAGUCAACAAGUUUGGAUUUACAUUUGAACUUGUCCCAAACCAAAUCAUUUCCAUUACCUCGUUCGUCAUACUCGCAGGAUAAACUUUCUGAUUCUACUUCAACGCGUUAUGGACAAAGUGCUAUGGAUUUGUCACAUUCAAGUAGUCCUCUUAAACAGCUUUCUAAAUACACUACCCCGGGGUUGGGAACAUCCCCACCCCCACAUGUUGUGCUACAGCAACAUAAAUCAGUGCAAAAACCAACAACAAACACACCAAUGCGUGCCAGUUAUGAUAGUGCUAUUAUUUCUCAGUUUGAGAAAGACACCUUUAAAACAGAGGCCCAUGUUACAAAGCAUGUGCCCACACCAAAAAGUGAUAGUGACAGUGAUGUGACCUUGACAAACAAUUCAGAUAGUCCCGCUGUGUCAAGGCCAGAGAAACCACCUUCAUACGACGAAGCCGUCAGGAGGAAAAACAUGAUCGAAAAAGGACUCCCUUUGGAAAUUUCUGAACAGGACAUUCAAAUGGAAAAGGAGAGGCAAAAGCGAGCCAAGAAUUUAUACGAGGAAUCGAUUCGUAAAAUGAAUGCACAGGAAUCUACACCUAGGAGGCUCUCAUUGGAUGAGUCGACAACGUCAGAAAGCGGAAGUGAAAGUACGGAGGAGGACGUGUAUGUGUCUUUGUCUCAGAAAAAUCCCAAGCAACUGUAUGAGGAAUCCAUGAAAUUGUUUGAGGAACAAUCUCAGAGACCUACUCAUUACGAGAACAAAAACAUUUCAAAUGUGAAUGCCACCAAUAUUCAGAGAAGUUCUAGUGACUCUGCAGAGUAUGUGAACAAAGUGAGCGUGGUCCCUCGCCACCGCGAGGCCUCCCCUAACUAUCGAGUUCACUCGACACAUAGAGACUCCUCCCCCUCAACCACAAGGCUGAGUCAUUCCUCAUCUAGUGUGUCAAAUAGUUCAUCAGAAACAGUGACUGACUCACGACAAAACUCACCAAAUCAACGAGACCGUUCCGAGUCGAGCCCCGUUAUACCCCGCCAUCAUUUUCCAAAGACAAAUCCUUUAACAUUUAAAGCCAACUAUGGUUCAUUAGAUAGUGCUCAAUCCUCAUCUUCCCUUCAUACAGAACAAAAAGUUAACAAUCCUCCUGUUUUGAGAAGCAGUGCAAAAAGAUCCCCACAGAAAGAACUUGGUGUAAAAUCAAUCCCUAAACCUGAAUUAAGUGUUCAUAAUCCAAGCUCAAAAGGAAAUACCCCAAUUCGGGAAAAGCGUAUGGUUAAAUCACAUGACUUUGUAGACAGUCCAAGAGCUAGUUCUCCAAGGACAGAAUCCCAGGAGUCUCCAAGAAGGAACCUGACAGUGCUAUCUAAAUCACGAGACUCUACCGUCAUCGCCAACCAUAGAGAUCUGUACGCAAGGUCCAGCACAGCUCAAAAUCGUUUAUCUGCCAGUAUGGACAGUGAAAAAUCACAGAGAAAACAAGAUCUUCCCUGGAGUGUGAAAUCAUUGAAACAAAUCUAUGAUGGAGCUAAACCAGGUAGUGACAAUGUCAAGGACACUAGUGCUCGUCCCCCACCCCCUCCCUACCAACCUCCCCCACCUUUUCGACGACCGGACACCUCGAGAUUGAGCAUGUCCAGUCAGAGUAGUGUAGGGAGUGGGAGCACGGGGAGGAGCACCCCACCCACCAAAAGUUUACCAUCCCACCGACGGCUGGGGGGCCCCCAGGCCUUCAGUUACCGCACUGAGGAGGAUCCAGAUAUCUCAUAUGUGUAAAAAUCACAAACUUGAAUCAAAAAUCAUGUCACUUGUUUCACUGCCAUGCAGUUCAUAUGUUUACAAAUGAUUGUCAAAAUGAGGCAGCUUUUGUGUUGUGACAGGUGUCAUGCAGGGAGAUCCUUCAAGUGCUUUGCUAUUAAUAUUAAAUUUGUCAGAAUUAAACUGUGAUGCUUUAGGUCCGCAGUGUUUAAGAAAACUGGCUGUGGUUAUAUGAAUUCAGGGAAAUUCUGAGAUAAGGCAAUACUGUUAUUAAGGUCAUUUUUCUAUAUAUUUUUUGUCAUGUACUGAUGAUGAUAUUAAGUUUUCGACAUAAAGAACUAUUCAUUUACUUAAAUGAAAUACUCUGAACAAGAAAUUUGUAAAUAGUUGUCACUUAUACCAAAUUACCUCAAAAAUUUUAAGCUUGUUAUAAUCAAUAUCUUUGUUAUUUCCUCUAUGUCACUUGCUUAUAAUUAUUAUAAACAUUGUUAUACUUGCAAUAACUCAACACUGAUCAAGUGUUCAAAGGGGAAUAAUUUGUGAGAGAGUGGUGCGUGUGAGAAAAUUUUGUAAAUAUAGUGAAAUUGUACAUAGUGUAUAUUCUUGCCUAAGAUAAAGGGAAGAAUGACAACGAAUAUUUAUUUUUAUUUUGUAUAAAAUUCUUCAGUUGAAUGUACAUUGUUUAAAAACCAAGUGCCAAUAAUCAUUUUGUAAAUAUGUAAAUAUCUUGUAGAACACUGGUGCUUUAACUCUAUGCAACAUUCAAACAGCAUUUAUCAAUCAUUGUGUGGUGUUUACCUCCCUUUGUUGGUUGGAGUUGUCUUUCCCUAUAUAGGGUAACGUUUGUCACUUCCAUACUUUUUUUUUUUUCGAAGAGAAAGUACAAUCUAGCUGAAAAAAAACUUUUCUGUUUAGUCACUUACAAUUGCAGCAAUUCAAACAAGACAAAAUUGCAGCAGAACAAAUAUUGAUUUUAACAAAUUUUCCAUUUUUUAUAUUUUCCUAAUUUUUAUAAAGAUGUCUGCAGAGUACCAGUAGUGAAUGUCCUGUUGUCAUAGCAACAUGCAAUAUAAGUGUUUUAUAUGUACCUCAUAUUAUGGGACGCUUCACUCAGUGCCCCAUUUAUUAUUAAUAUGAACAAUUAAAAUAUACUAAAAAUUAA